GCGCGCAUCAGUGUGUAAUGAUGCUGCCGGUGAGUGUGCACGCGGAUCAGAUGCUCGGUUGUCCUGUGAUAUGGAGACCGUGGGAUCUUUCAUCAAGAGAGACACAGUUAAAUAAAGGGGUUCCUGGAGGCUCGAGGCGCGUUCCGGCGUCUAAAGGAGUUUUCCAUCAUCCCGUGAGGCUGUUCCUGCCCAGAUCCCGGAUCCAGGAGUAUCUGUCUCAUCUGGGCCGGACGGUUCUGGCCAGCUUCCCCGCUCAGGCCACGCUGCACUUUUACAACGAUGAAGACUCCAGCUCUGAGGAAGAGGACGAUGGAGAAACAGACACACAUUAAAGGGUUAGUUCACCCACAAAUGAAAAUUAGCCCAUGAUUUACUCACACUGAAGUCAUCCUAGGUGUGUGUGACACUCUUCUUUCAGACGAACACAAUCAGAGUUAUAUUAAAAAAUGUCCUGGCUCUUCCAAGCUUUAUAAUGGCAGUGAAUGACCGUUUCUGUUUUGAAGUCCAUAAAAGUGCAUCAAUCCAUCAUAA